AUGAUUUGUUCCUCACUAACGUCCAUCGCCGUAAUUGCACUCGCCGGGCUGGCCCAGGGUGCGCCCACUAGCAAUCUCCGAAGUUGGGAAGAAGCUUAUGCAAAGGCAGAACAAGUUGUCGACCAAAUGUCUCUAGAACAAAAAGUAGGCCUCACGACCGGUAUCGGUUGGGAAAAGACUCUCUGUGUUGGCAAUGUUCAUGGAACCGAGGAUCCCUACUUCCCUUCACUUUGUCUGCAAGAUGGACCUUUGGGCACAAGAUUUGCCAGCAACAAUACUGCAGGCGUUUCCGGUAUCAAUGCUGCUGCAACAUUCGAUCGCGAUUUAAUGUACAGACGCGCCGAAAUCAUUGGAAACGAAUCAAGGGGUAAAGGUGUGCACAUACAGCUUGGUCCUUCUGUUGAUCUUAUCCGUGCUCCUCAUGGUGGUCGUGGAUGGGAAGCCUUUGGUGAAGAUCCUUAUCUUCAGGGAGUUGGCGGUUAUGAAUUCGUCAAGGGCGUGCAAAGCCAAAAUGUGAUCGCAACAGCAAAGCAUUACAUUUUGAACAAUCAAGAAAUUAACCGAACUACGUCAAACUCAGUCGUUGAUGAGCGCACUCUUCGUGAAAUUUACGUCUGGCCCUAUGCACGCAUGGUAGAGGCUGGCCUCGGCUCCGUUAUGUGUAGCUACAACUUGUACGAGGAUAUUUAUGCUUGCGAGAAUGACUAUCUUCUGAAUACAGUCCUGAAAGAAGAAUUAUCCUUCAAAGGAUUUGUCAUGUCAGAUUGGGGAGCAACUCACUCAACUGCUCCUUCUGUUAAUGCCGGUUUGGAUAUGACCAUGCCUGGCGACAUCAUCAUGGGCGACGGUCUCUCGUGGUUCGGUCCCAACCUUACAAAAGCUGUUGAAGAUGGUGAUGUCAGCGAAGAGCGAGUCACCGACAUGGCUAUGCGUAUUGCAGCAGCCCAUUUCAAAGUUGGUCAAGAUAAGGACUUCCCCGAGACUUCGCUCGUCAGUUUCGAUCGUAAGAGCGAGCCCGAGGUGAUUGUCACAUCCGAUGAACAUAUCAAAUUUGUUCGUGAUAUUGGUGCAGCCUCCGUGGUGCUGCUUGCCAAUGAUGGUAUUUUGCCCGUAUCCUCAGAUGAUCUCCAAAAGAUUGCCAUCGUCGGUAGUGACGCUGCUGCCCCUAGCGAACACGGUGGCCUCAACGAGGUAGAAUGUACAGAUAUGGCAUGUAACGACGGAACCUAUGUUAUGGGCUGGGGCAGUGGUUCAGUUGACUUCCCAUAUAUUAUUUCGCCCACCGAAGGCAUUACCAACCGUGCUGGCGAUUCUGUUGAAGUUGUACACACAUAUGAUGAUUGGGAUACUGAAGCUGCCGCAGAGUUGGCAAGUGAUGCCGAUAUUGCAUUUGUAUUUGCCAAGACCGAAGCUGGUGAAGAAUAUCUCAUGGUUGAUGGCAACAAUGACCGUAAGAACUUGACCUUGUGGAACAAUGGUGAUAACUUGAUUCAAGCCGUAGCCGAUGCCAAUGAAAACACCGUGGUUGUCAUUCACUCUCCUGGUCCCAUCCUCAUGCCUUGGAUUGAUCAUGAAAAUAUCAAGGCUGUCGUCUGGCCUGGUCUUCCCGGUCAAGAGACCGGAAACUCACUUGCCGAUGUUCUCUUUGGUGAUGUUAACCCAUCUGGUCGCUUGCCUUACACUAUUGCCAAGAAAGAGGAGGACUAUGGUGCUCAUAUUUCAACAGAGUAUAAUAUCGAAUACAGCGAAAAACUCAAUAUUGGGUACCGCCACUUUGAUGCCAACGAUAUUGAGCCUCUUUUUGCCUUUGGUUACGGUCUUUCUUACUCUACCUUUGACUAUGGCAAGCUCAAGGUCAACACCAAGCGUGGCAAGCGUGAUACGUUGGCUACUGCCACUGUGUUUGUUAGAAACACUGGCGAUGUCGAUGGCGCAGAAGUUGCCCAGGCUUACAUCUCUUUCCCCGAGUCUGCUGGUGAGCCACCAAAGGUACUCCGUGGAUUCGAGCGCGUGUAUUUAAAGGCUGGUCAGCAACGCAAGGUCACCUUUGAGUUCACCGAGACCGACCUCAGCAUUUAUGAUGAAGAAUCUAGCUGCUGGGUUGUUCCUGAGGGAGAAUAUACCGUUUCUAUCGGUGCAAGCAGCCGUGACAUCCGUGAAUCAGCAACCUUUGAUCUGUAA